UUGUCUUCCUCCCCUCGCCGCGUCCCCCCUUCUCCUCUUUUCCUCCCUUCCCCCUUUCACCCCCCGAAAGAAAAAAAAACACAGAGGGAAAUUAUCGAAUAAAUUUAGGGCUUUCUCCUCGGAUUUCUCUCGAUUGCGCCGCCGAUUCGCCAAUCCAAUGCCGCGCGCGUCUGGUUCCGCGAGCCGACCGGCGGCCGCCGCCAAGAACGUGAGCAGCAACUCCGGCCUCUCUGAGCCAUCAUGCAGCACACCUGCCUGUCAGCAGGUAUUUCGUCCUGUUACUCGGUCUAUGACCCGUAUGCCUCCUGCUGUUGCUGCUUCAUCUGAUGCCAAGGAACGAGUCAAUAGCACAAGCAGCUGUCAAAGUACUCCAGAUGCUUGCUUUAGCACCCAGUCAGCUGCAUCACGAGCCACUGCAACCCGUUCUCGGACCCCUCAUGAAGCGACUAGAUCUGCCUGGAAGCCUCUUACUCAGCCUGCUGUUCCGAGUGAAGAGCUAAAGCGGGCAAACAUUCCUACAACUAACCCUACUGCUAAGCGCUCGCGAGUUGCUUCCUCCCAGGCUGCUAAAGAUUCAGCUUUGAAAGCUAACCGAAAUGUUUGCAGCGGUAAAAAGAACAGAACUGAGGAAUCCCCGAGCCAGGGUGAUCACUUGGAUGGUGCUGUCAUCCCAUCGCCACCAAAGAAGCUGCAAAGUGGCAAGAGCUCUUCUGAUGUAGUCUCAAAAGGAAGACCCACUACUAGAAACCAGGGUGCUAAAUCAGCUGCUCCACUGUAUGUGGGGAAGCCAAAAACUGAACUAGGAAAGGAUUCGGCCAGUGUGUUGGCAAACGGGUCUCCUGCUGGUACAGACGAUGUCAGUCAGUCAAUUGCUCCAUUGCUUGCUCAUCAGCUGCAACUCGAGACUGCAAAAGACUCUAACAUCACUACAGAAGCUGUUGGCAGUGGAAUAAGCCAAGUCAAUCAGCCGGUUGCUCCAGUCAUUACAGAAGCUAUUGCCGGUGGAACAAGACAAGUUAAUCAGUUGGUUGCUCCAGCCAUUACAGAGGCUGUUGGCAAGGGAACAAGCCAGGUCAAUCAGUUGGUUGCUCCAGUCAUUACAUUGCCCAGACAGCAGGUGCAAACUGAUAACCGGCAGAAGUUUACCAAGAUACCUGUGUCCACAAGCCAGGUCAGCGGGCUGGCUGGUGCACCCGGUCCAAUGGUCACACCAAAGCUACAAAUUGGGAAUGUGAAGGAUUCUUCCAAUGUUCUCUCAAAUCCUGCUUACACAAGGGCGUUGUUAAUCAAGCAGCAAGAGCAGCUGCUGCAGCAAUAUAAAUUGGCAAAUUCGCAACCAGGGCUUCACAUCAAAGGUCCAGCUCUAUUUGAGGAUGAUGAUGCGUCUGUGCCUGCGCCAGCGAUCGAGCCACUGGGAACAAGGUGCGCGCUAUGCAAGCUUGAUGUCGCUUUCCAGCCACAGGGAGGCGCUGUUCAUGAUGCUUCUGCUCCUCCAGUUGUGGCGGUCCUGGUAUGCCAUCACACAUUUCACAGCAGCUGCAUCGAGGCUGUAUAUGGCCUCGCCGAGCCUUCUCAGUGUAUUGCUUGUCUUGAUUCUGCGACAGCACACUGAUCACUAAUCAGUAUCAUCGAUUUGUCUGGAUUAUCUGUGGUACAGGAUUAAAAAGAAGUCAUUUUAGAAUGCAUAUAUGGAGAUGGUUAAUGUCUCGUCUUUGUUGGUAGAAAUAUUAUUGGUGGCAUAUGUGGCUCAUAUCAAAAUUCAAAGUUGAAUAUCUCGCAUGCUGUGUGGAUGAGCAUCAACUUCUGGGAACUUCUCAUGGAUGUCAUGCAUUAACAUGCUCGUUACUCUGUAUUACUCCGUAUUUGAUUUGUAUUGUUUCUAGAAUAUAUCGUCUGGUUC